AUGAGAAAAGUGGGAGCAAAGGAUCUAAUCAACCAUUUAAAUUGCAUAUUUUUGAGCGCCAGAAAUCAAUGGAUUUUUAUCCUAUUAAUGAUAAAAUUGGUUUACAAAGAGUUUCUUUCCUAUCUCACAGAGAGUAUAUAUACUGUUUCCUGA